AUGGAUCUGCGAAGAGUAACUUCUGCGCUGCUGGCUCUGACAAUAGUCACCCUGAUAGUGGGCCUGGCAACACCGAACUGGGACUGCGUAGGUCUCUUUGAGGACUGCAUCAAGGAAGGUGCCAAUGAGAGGGACGCGAUGAUAUCCGUGGCGGCUCUGUUAGUAAUCGGCCUCGUCUGCCUGACCGUUGUCUUCAUACUCGACGUGGUGUCUCUCUGCUCCAAGCAGCUCUCCGGUCCGGCCCAUGUUGUCCGAUUUAUCCUGCUGUAUCUGGGCGCGGCGCUCCUAUUGGUUGCAGUAAUUGUCUACACAGCGGAAACGCACAACCACUGGUCUUACUUCCUUGCAGUGGCGAGCGCUGCCUUUGGCCUGACGGUAGCCAUCCUGGGCGUCAUGUCUUCACGAUGCAUCACCACUUCCUCCCAAGCAUAG